GUUACCGUAGAAACCGAACUGGCUCUCGUCUGUUGCCGUAUAUUUUGUCGAUUUUCUUGACCAGAAGAAUCAUGGAAGUUACAUCUUCACCAGAUAUACGAGAAGUUAUAAACUAAAUAUCCUCUUAACAUUCGACAUUUUUAUAUUUCGAGCCGUUAAGCGCAAUGGGUCCCUCAGGAGAUGAAAUGAGCCCAGAAUUGAAGGAUCUGGUCGCAGACAUCCGAGAACAAUCUGAAAACAAGGUUAACGACGUGUAUUCAAAAUUAAAAGGUCUUGUGGGCAGGAAGUCUUUAGGGGAUCAGAGGGAUCUGGAGGCAUGUAAACAGAGUCUUUACUCUCAUGGUGUGCUGCGGUACUGCUCCUCUACCCUGAGAUUCAGUCCAGCCAAGAUUCACGGAGGCUAUGCAGUUCUGACACAGAUGGCAGAUCUCCUCAGCACAUGCUGUGUGGGUCUGGGUGCUUUCAGAGACGUGGAGGUGUUUAGUCAUGAAUUUCUGCCUUCCGUGGUGGAAAGCCUUCUUUUUCUCGCAGACUGUCUAAUGAACAGAGCUUUGCGGGACAAGGCACAUAAUGAGAUGAUUCGUUUAUUUAGAAAAGUCUUUGAUUCGAUUGGCUGGCUCCUCAGGGCUCACACACAUCUCCUUCAUCAUGUACUGAGAUCUAAACAUUAUGAGAACAUCCAGAUCUGUGAAGAUGAUGACAUCUCCAUUGUUACUCUCACCAUGUGGAACAAUAUCUUCAGGGCAAACGGUGUUGUUGUAUCCGAGAUGGGAGCCAGGGCUCUGACUGACAUCAUGGAUGAUAUUGUGUAUAAAAUGUCCAGUAGCUCGAAUCCUGUGAUUGGCAGAGCAGCUGUAAAGACCCUUGUUCUGAUCUUGGACCACAGCAGCUCAACCCAUCAGCUCAUUCACAGGCGAUACAGAGGUUUGGCUGAUUUGGCUGUAAAAGACUGGCGCGGUAAAGGCUUCGACUCUGUACUGGAUCAGCUUAUUGAUCACUUGCAGACAGACACUAAGGAGUCAUCUGAGGAGUAUGUGCGAGCAGCUUGUAUUAUCCAGGCAGCCUGGAGAGCCCAUCAGACCAGAAAAAGACUGAGGAAACUCCCCAGAGCGGUCAGCACAUUACAGCGCAGCUUCAGGGAAAAGCGCAGACGACAACAGGAACACACCGAGAGACAACGUGCAGAAGAAGAACUACGUCAUCAAGUGUGUCUGCGAAGACAGAGAGCCAUGAGACGGUUCCGCCAACACCAGCUUCAUCUGAUGGAGAUACUACCAGCUGCCCAGGUGGAGCGAUACCUUGGGGAGCUGGAGAACAAGGCAGCCGUGUUGAUUCAGAGAGUGUGGAGAGGACACAGAGAGAGACGCAGCUUCCGGCAGCACAGAUACAUUCUCAGACAGCACAGAGCUGCCGUCACUCUACAGAGAGCCACGCUGCGGUUUUUAAAACGCCGCAGAGCACAGAGAAGCGGUCUCACGCCGUUAAAAGGACCAAAAGGACUGACUGACAGUAGAAGAACGGAGCUCAAGCAACACAUACAGGAGCACAUCUCUCAACAUCCUUCAUCUGUGCGGUCAGCAGAGGGCAGUGUGGAGCUCCAUCAGAGAGCCCAGAGCCUCCUGCACCAGCACCUGAUCAACAGAGCGUCUGAUCGAACACACGAGCAGCACAGACAGGCUCUACUUGCACAGAUCAACACAGACUUAGAGCUUUUAUUCAAUGCGCCGUCACUGAAGGAUGCCAGAGCGGGGGAUGUGAAUCUGUUCCUGAGCCGCUCCUGCCCUGUGGCCACAUUCGCCCGUCAAUCCCACAACGCCUUGAUGCAGAGCAUGCGUCUCCCGUGGUGGAGGAUGCUCGGAGAGGAGUUCUCCAGCCCAGAGGAGCCUCCCAGGAAAGACUAUGACACGGACAUUGAGUCACUGUAUCUAGGCGGCAGCUAACAGAUGAUGAAACUCAGACUUUAUUUGCAACACUUCGUUCAUGUGAAAGAACGGUACAUUUAAACAGGUUUUAUAGCAAGUUAGGGCAUUCAAUAUUAUUUAAGAGCAGCAUAAUUACAAAUAACUGAAGAAAAAACAACAACGCAUGAGUCCUUGAGCAACGUUAACACUAAAACAUUCUUUUGUCUUUGAACAGAAUGUUUUAUAUUGUAAAAGUUUCUUAUUAAAGGAACAGUUCACCCAGAAAAUA